CUCAGUCAAAUAAAGCUAGCAAUAGUACAGUGUGUUGGGUGUGCUCUUUGGAACAAGCUCUACUCCAAGAACAAGUUUGAUAUCACGGCAGAGAUUAAAAUGGCCAAUAUUGGAAAACUGUUCGCUAGCGGUUUGGUGAAAGCUGCAAAUAUCAACAACGUGCGAUUCUAUUGUUGCGCUUCUCCAAAGACACUGGAAUUCAUUAAAACAGAGUUAGUAGGGGAGAAGAAGAAUGUUGCUCUGAUUACAUUGAAUCGCCCAAAGGCGUUAAAUGCGCUUUGCAACGGAUUAAUGGACGAAGUAAGUCAAGCACUAGACAAGUUCGAAGCUGAUGCUUCCAUUGGAGCAAUCGUGAUUACUGGCAGCGAGAAGGCGUUUGCGGCUGGAGCUGACAUAAAGGAGAUGCAGAAUAACACAUAUGCCAAGUGCAUCACCGGAAAUUUUCUGAACAAUUGGACCCGUGUUGCAAAAGCUCAAAAGCCUGUCAUUGCAGCUGUGAACGGUUACGCUUUGGGUGGAGGCUGCGAAUUUGCAAUGAUGUGCGACAUCAUUUAUGCGGGUGACAAGGCUAAGUUUGGGCAACCGGAAAUAGCUCUUGGAACGAUCCCCGGUGCUGGUGGUUCUCAGCGCACCACACGUGUAAUGGGUAAAUCCAAGGCCAUGGAAAUGUGUCUCACUGGUAAUAUGAUAAGCGCUGAAGAAGCCGAACGUGCUGGACUAGUUAGUAAAGUUUUCCCUACUGACAAAGUUGUUGAUGAGGCAAUCAAACUGGGUGAAAAAAUUUCUACUUUUUCACCAUUGAUAGUACAACUAUGCAAGGAAGCAGUAAAUACAGCUUAUGAAACCACACUAAAUGAAGGAUUGAAAUUCGAAAGACGUCACUUUCACGCAACUUUUUCAACCAAGGAUCGCCUUGAAGGCAUGACUGCUUUCGUUGAAAAGCGUGCACCACAGUUUACCAGCGAAUAAAGAACAAUCUACGAAAUGCGAUACUCAGGAAUUUUUCGUAUGAGCCUGCCUAAAUAAGUGAUCACCACUAUAUGCAUUUAUUAGUCAUAAAUCAAGAUAAUGCAUAGCAUUUUUGUAAUACAACGAAUGUCGAAGACAAUUAAAGCAAAAGUGAUCUUGCUAACUGAUGAAA